AUGACUAAACCCACACCAACGAGGUCCCGCCACUCCCUUAAGUUCCUGUGCUGGAAUAUCAACCACUCUCGGGACAAAGUUGAAGGAGCCAAGGUUGACAUUCCCGAAAUUCGUGAGCUGUUCGACAACCACGAUAUUUUUGCUCUUCAAGAAACUAAAGGGGAGAUCAACAUAAGUAACUACUGUUGCUUUAAUUCUAACAGGAAGGGAUCAAAUUCAGGAGGGGUAUGUAUAGGAGUUCACAAAAGCUUAAAAGCCGGUGUAACCAAUGUUCGUAUGAACUCCACGGAAGAUAUCGUUGUAGUUAAACUGAAAGCUAACUACUUCGACCUAGACAGAAACACCUAUCUUAUAAACGUCUAUGACUCACCCACUAAUGGAUCCUUCAAGAAGCGAAGAAGAGGUCUAGAAACUGAAGACAGUAUGACAACUCUAGAGCAUCUUCAAGAAUUCUUGGCGGGUGUACCGCUGAACGAGGAUGUCAUCCUUCUCGGGGAUUUCAAUGCUAGAACUGGCACCCUGGACGACAUGUUGUCUGACCAUAGUCAAAUGAAAGACAUCGCGAUCGACCCCCAUUUCGUUAAACAGUUGGCUAAACGCAAUAACUCAGACCCUAAGCUAAACACGAAUGGGCGACCCUUCAUUGAACUCCUCCAAACGGCAGGCCUAGUCAUCCUCAAUGGUAGAACUCUCGGUGAUAUAUUCGGUGAACCCACUUGUAUUCAGCGCCAUGGCGUCAGCACAGUUGAUUACAUUUGCGUCUCGACGAGUCUUCACGACAGAGUCCGCCACCUGAAAAUUGAGAGCAUCUCUCAAUACUCUGAUCACAGGGCGCUAUCAAUGUCAAUAUCCACAAAUCCUUUAAGAAGGAUUUCUACCAGUCUUGAAUCACCAGAUAUCCAAGAUGCUCCUAAAUCUUUUAAAUGGAACAGAUCAGAGAACCUCUCUGCCGAUACAGCGACUAAGUUCCGGCUAGCACAGAGUGAUCAGUCAUUCACCAAAAGCGGCAAACGCACCAGCAAGAAAAAAUGGUUUGACCAAAGCUGCAAACAGGCUAAAAGGGAAGCCAACAGAGCUGACAGAAAUGCUAACAGUAACCCACACAGCAACUUCCUACGUGACCAGCACUUUCUCAGAAAAAAGGAGUACCGAAAAAUGAAGAGGAUGAAAAAGGAGAAAUUUCUGUACGAGAUGAACCAGAAGAUAAACGAAUGUGGUGAGGUUAACUGGGCAGCGCUCAAACGGCUAUCUGACCAGCACAAAGAUGAGGAACCCUUCGACAUUUACGAUCUUCUCCUUUUUCACAAAUUCUUCAAUGAUCUCUACAAUCGAAAGUGUGGCGCGAACAAUCACUCCAAGGAUGAUGGCACUUCUACUCCUACGUCCAAUGAUUCGCAGCCUAUCAAGGAACUGGUCGAUGAACUGAAUCGCGACUUUACCUUACAGGAGAUCAAAGAUGCGACCAAAAAACUCCAAAACAAUAAGAGUGUGUCCGAUGACCUGAUAUCCAACGAGAUGUUGAAAAACUCCAAUGAGACACUUCAACUCGUCGUGGUAAAACUCUUUAAUGCCUGCCUUCAGCAUGGGACUUACCCCUGGAACAACUCGAUCACAACUCCCCUCCAUAAAAAGGGUGACCGGCAAAACCCUGAUAACUAUCGUGCUAUUACUAUUGGGAGCUGUCUCGGCAAACUCUUCUCGAACCUUCUCCUUAAACGGUUAAUCGAAUUUAGAGAAAUAGCGCCUGUCCGGACCGACCGUAUCAACUUGGAUUCAGGAGGGGAGCCCAAUGUAACGACCACUUACUCACCUUGA